CUUAUGGCUGACGUGAAUCGAGAAAAUAUUUUUGUCGCUUUCUUCUAUUCAUGGAUGUUUUCAGUGUGUAUUUCAUCCUUGAUGAGGAAUCCGUGAUCGGGAUCCAUUGAAAGGACUUAUUUUCUAUUGGUUUGUUGUGUGUAGAGAGAAGCCAUGUCCACUCUGACAGUUGAGGAGUGUGAGCUGCUGAGUGACUCCAAGUACAGAGCGUACAUCUCCCAGGUGGAGAAGGCAUUGAGGAGUUUUGAGAAUACGAGCGAGUGGGCUGAUCUGAUCUCUGCUUUGGGUAAACUCAAUAAGGUUUUACUCAGUCAUGUGAAAUACCCAGUCGUCCCAAAGAAGGUAACGAUUGGGAAACGGUUGGCACAAUGCCUUCAUCCAGCAUUACCUAGUGGGGUCCAUCUGAAGGCCUUAGAGACGUAUGAGAUCAUCUUCAAGUGCAUCGGUCCAAAACGACUCGGUCAGGAUCUGUUCACAUACAGCGCUGGCUUGUUCCCUCUCCUAGCGUACGCUGCCAUGAAUGUGAAACCAACGUUGCUGAAACUCUAUGAGACUCACUUUGUGCCUUUGAGUAAAGCAGUUAAGCCUGGAUUAACUGGAUUACUGCUUGGAUUAUUGCCUGGAUUAGAGGAGGGAUCCGAAUAUUAUGACAGGACCAACACCUUACUUCAGGAGUUCUGUGUUUCCGCUCAGCCGACUUUCUUCUACGGCUGCCUGUGGGAGUGUGUGCUGAUAUCGCCAAGCGUCCGUCUGGCAGCAAUCACGUUCACCCUCGCUCAUUUCAACAGGAAACAAUCGAUGGAAGAUCAGCUGCACUUCAUCGGAACAAACAUUGACACCAUGGUGAAUGCCUUGUGCAGCGCCGUCCAGGAUACGAGCGUCCUCGUCCAGCGGAGUUUCCUCGACUUCUUACUCUUCGGUUUCCCCAUGCACAACAGUCAGCUGACCAAAGAUGAUAUGACCAAGAUCGUCGUCUCCGCAGUCCAUGUGGUGUUACGUCGUGACAUGUCGCUAAAUCGUAGACUAUUUGCUUGGUUAUUGGGAACAAGUGCAAACGGAUUAGCGAUGUCUGGAGUCGGUGGAGUGAGGGAUGAUGUGGCAGAUAGUCCAGAACAUAAAUUCUCUGUUUAUUUCAAUAAAUAUUCCCGUGACCUUCUUAUUCAUGCUGUGCGACAAUCAUUGCGAGAUAUUCCGCUAAUCGACGUGAAAACGUCGGCGAAACCAUCCAAUUUAAAACCGUUUAGAAUGUUAAUCAGCUUGUUAGACAAACCUGAAAUCGGGCCUGUGAUAAUCGAGGAUGUGUUAGUGGAUGUGUUCCGGUGUUUGUACCGAGAGUGUAUGCCAUUCUUACAGAAAGGGGGCGACAUGGAAGUAGAGCGUCGCAAUUCCAUCGGGAGUAAAAAUGGUAAAAACGGAAAAGGGAAGGAUGAGCGUAGCUAUGAAGAAAAGACUGCCACAGAGCUUAUCAAGACAGCUAAUCUCUUAUUCACCACGUUUGAGCCGUAUUUUUUGUGGGAUUUUGUGUCUCGGAAGUUUGAGGAGGUGUGUGCUGAGACACGGAGCCGGUCUCGACGCCGGCUCGGAGGGAGAAAACAACUGGUGGUGAAAGAAUUAUGUGAACUUGUCGACUUUCUCCUAGAGACCGUGUCAGUGGAAACCUACACAGAGACUCAGACAGAAUACCUGCCCGAUCUGCUGCGUAAGAUCACGACCAGCCUCACUCUCAACUGUGACACGUUAGAAUAUGAUGAGCUCACAGCGUGUUUAGAACUUUGCAAUAAGAUCCUGACCAAGGUGCAGCCGUCCAUGACGAUGGUCGACGACUCAGAUGACGAUUCUGUGAGGACGAGUUUGGAGGGGAAACAAGAACAAAAAGAGGCCAGGAAAACAGUUGAGAAAACAUUAAACCCUAGUCGAGAUGAACGGGAGGCGAGUCCUGACUUUGUUGAUAGUGAAAUCAGUGAGCCGUAUGUUAGUGCUGAGAGUGAUUUAGAUUCAGAGUACUCAAAGUCUCCUUUGAAGAAAAUUGGAACGCCAGGCCGACGCAUGGCAGGAAGUGAAAUGGCAUCACCAACCACGUUGAUUCAGGCGUGUGUGCAAAGUUUCCAGACAUUUUAUUAUACGUUUGUAACGAAGCGUGUUUUUAGUAGUGAGGAGGUCGUGAAGACAUCGAUGGAACGUUUAUUGAUGUCUUCAGAUGUUCUUCUGGAACGGCAGACGGAGGGAUCAGAAGACUCAGCCGUUUAUUCCGGCUCAGAGAAUUAUGACUCAGAUAAGCGUUACUUGGAGAUGCUGUGUGUCAGUCGUGAUUGUUGCGACGCCUACACCAAGGCCUCACAACUUCUCGUUGAGUUCUCUACUUUCCCGAUGUACUGUACGGAACAUUACCGUCUACUCGACCACACCCGCAGGAAGGGUUAUUUUCAUGUCAAACUUCCCAAUGGUGAGGUGUUAUCAUUCCCGCCAUGGCUCCAGGCUCUCCUCACCUGCUGCUCCUAUGUCAAUCACUUCGAGCUACAGACCUCAUCUGUCUCAACGAUGCUCGACCUCAUCUGUCUCACGCAGUCGGUCAUCGGCGAGGCAGAUGAACAAGGCCGUCCUCGCAACACAGGCAUGGGCACGAUAUCAGUGGUGAUCAUGCCGUCACUCUCUCCACAGAUGUUAGGCUACCUCAAUGACCAGACAUAUUUCUACAAGAUUGUGGCGACCAGACUAUGGAACUACCUGAGUGACCAGACUCCCCACUACCACCAGAAAGCUGUUGAGUUGUUAUACCAGCUCCACCAGCUUGCCCCUAGCACAUGGACCUGUGAGGAUGUGAUUGGUGCUGCCCUGGUUUUAGAUGACUUGUCCAAACGUAUAGAAGCGUACAAGAAGUUUGCAGUGCUGUGGCACCUGACGAGAAGUCAGAAGCCCAAGUCCGGCCUGGGCCUACCUGCCAGGACCUUCGACCGGUCCAUGUUCGUGUUGUUAGACAGCCUGCAGGUGGACACAAGCGCCACCAAAGCAUUGACGCAUACGUGGAUGACGCAUGCCAUCCAGCGGGGAGAUAUAGCUAGGAUACUGGAGCCGGUACUGCUCAUGCUGCUGCACCCUGAUACAGCUAGAAUUUCCAUCCAACACGUGAACAUUCACCAGCCACGGAAGGUGACGUUGCCGUCUGAUGACCCACUGGAUGAGACAUCAUCAGAGGCAAAGAUCUAUGCAAUCAGCAGCGAGGGUGGCAACAUCAUUUACCAUGUCAGCGGCGCUGAGGGUGGCAAGAAUAUAAACAAGAAAAACGCUGAUGAACUUCGUGUGAUCGCCAUGACAAGUGUCUGUGAUACAAAAUCAGGGUCAAAUAAAAUAGCGUCCACUUCAACACAGCAACAUCUUGAAACAGAUUUACCUUUUGAGAAAGUUGAUCCGUCGAAUUUGAAAUUGCGAGUGAAUCCAUUUGGAUCAGAGUCUUCUCUGGAUAAGAUUAUAUUUGACGGGUAUGAGUUGCCGAAAGGGGACUUGCCGAAUGUGAGAAGUGCAACACGAUUGGAUAAGGAGACUUGCAAGAAAGAGGGGAUCAGUUUUGAUGACGAGGAUAGUGGAGAGGAUGCUGAGACUGAGGAUAUCGACGAUGACGAUGUGCUCGACCAUGAUUCACCAGAAGCCAUCGUCCAUAGUAUCCUGGAGGACAUCCUACAGGCAGCGUUCCAGCGAGCUGAGUCAAGGGAGCAGAUUGAACUGCAGGUCUCAGAAAGCAUGAAUGAAAUACGCGACAAACGGCGGUCAUUUAGCACAACGUCCAAGGAGGAUGUUGACGAGGAUAUCUUGGGGGCGAUUGAGCAGCAUAUGAAAGCGUCAGAGAUUGAUUCACCAGAUUGCAGUGACUCGGAAGGGAAAACUUCAUCCCAUAAAGAGAAAGAAAUGACAGACAUUCCGGGGAUUCACCCCCUGCAUACACACAUCCUGCUGUACUUUCAGAAAUAUGACUGCCAGAGAACUUUAUACGCCUUAUCCACGCUCAAAGCUAUUCUCACUGCCAACCCCCGCCUCGUGAUUUGUGCCAUGGCGACGACCACCAUAAACAGCGUGCGCACACCGCACUUGCAUCAGUUACAGGACUUGUUGUGUCGCCAUCGUAAGUCCAUCUUCGGCAAGAACUUCUACAGUGAUUUAACGAAUGAAGCCAUGUCUACAUACCGCAGCACCAUGUAUGCAGAGAUCCUCAUCUCGCUGUGUCUUUACUUCAUCCGUAGCUACUACCCUAAUCUCAUGAUGAGCAACCUAUCAGAGGACCAGCUGAAUGCCAAUAAGGAAGUGCAGAUCUUGAGUACAGAGAUCCUCACCAUGUUGCUCUCAGAGCUGGUCAGCCUAGCAAGAGACAGCGGCAAAGCCUUUGCAAUAUUUCUCAGUGACCUGUUGUCACGUUGCAAAGUCCAAAAGGCAACCCUGCAUUGUAUUCUAGCGAGUGUUUACAAUUCACGCCAGAAGCAUGUUGAUCCGUUGUCGAAUAACAUCACAGAAGCAAUAAUCAGUUUCAACGAGGAAAACAUGGAUGCGAAUACGAAUGAGACGUUCCAGAUGCGGAUGCUGAAUCUCAUCAACGUCUUGAUCAUACUCGAAGAUCAGAUCAAGCAACAGAAAGGUGACGUGGAGCCUCUCCCAGCAGGAAACCCAGACUGGGAUCGCCCUAAGGUCAACUUCACGCCCCAGUUGUCAUCAUUCAAGUACACGCAUGCUCAACCUGUCGCCUACCAAGGCAUGUUGUUGUCAGCUGUGCUGAGCGCUCUCCGCCAGCAGCAUCUCUGCCACAUGCAUAGACACUGGAUCAACAUGAUCAUGUUAGUCAUGCCCUACCUUAGCCGUAGCCUCGGUAACAUUGUGAUGGCCGUCGUCAACCAGAUAUGUCGGAACCUGGAGUUACUGGCAACGGAAUAUGAAGCUGGCACCAUGACAAGGCAGACGUUUCACCAGCCACACAGCGUGCCACCAGACCACAUUGUGACCAUGUUGGAGGGCAUCACCACACUCUGUCACUAUUGUCUCCUGGACAAUGUCUCCCAAGUGUCUGUCGGACAGCCGGUGCCUCUCCACAGCAGUGUGGGAACCUACGAUCAUACCAACAGUGGCUCAGGACAGAUAUUCAGCAACCUUAUCCAUGUGUUCACUCCAAGUGCAGGCAGCAGGGAACCGAGCCCCCAGAAAGACUUUGGUGACCCUCCCCCGGUGAUCAUGGCAAGACGAGGCCUGCUGAGUAUACUGCCCCGCAUCAUUGCCAGCCUGAGCUCCAUCUGGAAGGCCAUCUACGUGUCAGAGCUCAAGCAGAAAGACAAUCAAGAACAAGCCUCAUGGACCAUGGGAUUCCCAAAGACUGUUCGACAGCAUAUCCUGGAGUUCCUCAGUCCCAUAUCUGUCCACCACAAUGUCAACCUGUUGGCAGCUGUGGCCGUCGUCUGGAAUGACCGCAGGAAACGAGAGUCGUAUACGUAUAAGCGAGUGAUCCCCAGCAUCUGUGAGGACCAGUUGCUGCUGGUCGAUCUCGUUAGCUCAAUCAAGGUUCUACCAACAGAUACGCUCGUGCAGACUGUCAAACAAGUCAUCAAACAACCGCCCCCUACCAGUCAGGAUAGGAACAAGAAACGCACACCCCUUGAGGUUAGCAUGCUACAGUUCUUCUACGCAUACGUGCAGCAGACCACCUCAAUGCAGCUCCUCGACUCGUGGCCAUCACUGCUCUCCCUGCUCAAGGAAGGAUUACAGAUCAACCUCAGCGCUCCAGGACAGUUUCUUCUUCUGGCCAUCCUGAAUGAAUUUGUUCAGAAGAUGCCACCUUUUGAGGAUAAGAAGGACCAUAAGGACGUGCAGGUAAUUCAUGCUAGCCGACAUGUUCACGUGAUUCCAACAGAAAAGUUCAAGGAGAUCACUCAGAAACUUCUGGAAGCGUGCAGUGUCAUUGCUGGCUCCUCACUCGAGCAGACGACAUGGUUCAGACGUAACCUGGCGGUCAAGUCCAGUCUGCAGACGGACCUCCAUGAGCUUCAUAUGCACAUGGAUGACCAUGAAGAUGAAACAGAGUUGGGAGAACAAGCCCCUGAGUCGAGCACCAAGAUGUCUGAUGCCAAGACGAUAAUGACCAACGCUCAAUACAGCGUGCAUGCCCUGGUCCUCCUGGCUGAGCUGACUGCUCCCCUGCUUGAUGUCGUCUACGGCAGUGAUGAGAAAGAGAAGGUGGUCCCAUUCCUGACCACGGCCAUCAUGUAUAAUGUCUUCCCUUAUCUCAAGCAUCACACCACCAAGAACCUGCCUAGUUUCCGCGCGUGCUCCCAGAUCCUUGCGAGCUUGAGUGGCUACCAGUACACGAGGAAGGCGUGGAAGAAGGAAGCGUUUGACCUGCUCAUGGACGUGAGCUUCUUCCGCAUGAAUCUCACGUGUAUCGGAUUCUGGCGCACAAUUAUUGACAACUUAAUGACUCAUGAUAAGACCACGUUCAAGGACCUCAUGACACGUGUGACGACGGCACAGAGCGGCUCCCUUCAUCUCUUCAGCAACAGAGAGGCUGAGUUCGAGCAGCGGGCUCAGCUCCUCAAGAAGCUCUCGUUCGUGAUAUUCUGUAGUGAGACUGACCAGUAUCAGCGAUACAUGCCCGAAAUACAAGAGCGUCUCGCAGACAGCCUCAAGUUACCCCAGGUGCCUGGUAUCCAAGCUCAGGUCUUCCUCUGCUUCCGGGUCCUCACUCUAAGGAUCUCACCACAGCAUCUCACAUCACUCUGGCCAACAAUCAUCACUGAAUUGGUGCAUGUGUUCCUCCAGAUCGAGCAAGAGAUGUCCCCCGACGGAGAAGACUGCAAAUCGUCAUCUGGUUCGAGUGUGCUAUAUUCUGCUGAAGCUGAGAGAGUCCCAGGACAGUGGAACUUAAUCAGGAUGCAGUUACAGCGUAUCGCCGCCCUCGAUGCAAGCUGGGCCUACAACAAUGGUUUAAACGCCCACAACAACCCGGCCUGGUUGAAACUCUACCUCUCAGCCUGUAAACUCCUUGACCUAGCUCUAGUCAUGCCAGCUGAUGCACUGCCACAGUUUCAGUUGUACCGUUGGGCUUUCAUAGGUGACACUAGCGAUGAGGGUAAGAGGAAGAAAUCAGAGGAGCCGUCAUUCAUCCCUCACUGCAUCAGGAUCGCUCGCCUUCUCAAUAAAAGGGUUGAACAUGAUCCUCCUGUCAUUAACCGACCGACGGGAUACCCCAUGUUGACCGUCUCAAACAUCAGGACGCUCGACGACCUUCACGGCUUCUUCAACACACUCUACCAGGCUGACCUAUCAGAAAAGAGCAUCCCUGCCAGCAGCCAAUCAGAUCUAAGACCAAGCAUGUCGGCAAUGCACAAGUCAAAGUCAGCACCAGAAAUAACCGAUUUGGCUUCGAAUGACGCGUUAUACGAAACUAAGGCAAAGACAUGGAAAGACUAUGUUGAGGAAAUCAUUGAGCGAGACUUUCUUGAUCCUGUGCCAAAGAACUAAAGCAUCGGCAUUACUGAUUCAUCUAACCACUAGUAUGCUCACGCUGUGCUUUCAGUUGUUAACAAAUGAGAAAUAUUCCUCUCUUGUUUGAUUGUUGGUGUUGUCUCUGUGGUGCCUAUGCUCUAUGAAUCAUAUUAACACUAGUGAGCAGUUCUGUUAAGGAAGCUUUCUGCUUGGGCCUCAACAUCUAGUCAAAGACUGCAUUUCACAUUGUUUGAGAGGAGCGCUUGAAGCCUCAGAUCCUGUGAUGUCACAGGAUAGGUUACAUGCUCAGGUAACUGAGCAUUCUGUGAUGGGGUGUGGGGGGGGCGGACAUUAUGAGUGCUGCCUUGAGGCUUUUAGCGAUUUGGUUUGGGGUGAAUUUUCUUAUAAACAUGUAAUUGUCAAGUCGGGGUACAUUUCCCAAAAUACAAGCUGAGCUUGACCUUAUCUUGAGUUGACAAGGACAUUUGUAAAUAUAUAGCGUGUAGUCAGGGAGAGAAGUCCUCUGUAUGUCACAGACUCUCUAUGCCUUAUUUUUGUGUCUGGGAAUGCGGUUCGUUAAGUUUCAAAGAAAACUCAGUAAUAAAUUACCCUCAAAACACCUUCACUUCUGUAAAUAAACCGGUCAUCUUGUAUAUUUAUUUGAUUUACAUCUAUUAACUUUCCUACAAUCAAAAUGUAAAUAAACUUUUGGCUGCAGUCUUUUACUUGGAAUGAGUUCCAUAUGACACUGUCAAAUGGUGGUCAGGGCAGCAAAUUGCUUGUCUCAUCUAUAUUUUUUAUUGUCGCUUAUUUUUGGGUGCAAAAUGUUUUGAAAUUGGAUUCUUUUGCUGUAAGAGAUUGCAAAUGGUUUUAGGUAUUCAAUAAACGUCAUCUCGGCUCCCUGAAAAUCAUUCGAGUUGGAAAACCUGUAAUGGCGUGCAAGUGUUUGGUUCUGUCAUCAACAUAAAUGUGCUUUUGAUCAUAAGUUAGGCAUCCAGUUUAGUUGGUAAAAGACAAUUAUUUAUUGGAAAGAAGUCGAUAUAUACUAGGGUGAAAAAUAACAAAUUCACCUAUUUAAGGAAGGCUUGGGGCCAAAGCCAUGAGUCAGUUUCCUAUAAUGGCUGUGUCAUACGUGUACUUGUAAUUGCACAUUUGUUUUGUAUUAUAAUCUUACGUAUAAAUUACAUGUUCAAGAAAAGCAUUUGAACAUGUUUUGCAUAAAUCUGUUUUAUCUCUGCAUGAGGCUAUUUAUUUCUGUUAGAUCUUAUGAACCGUUAAACAAUUGAAAAUAAUUUGGUUUGGUUGCAGCCUGGGGAUCAGAAUGCACAAAUCCGAAUGAAAGGAGCAGUAAAAGUUCUGUGCGCUGUGCACAUUGAUGUGCUGUGCACAUUGAUGCGCUGUGCACAUUGAUGCGCUGUGCACAUUGAUGCGCUGUGCACAUUGAUGCGCUGUGCACCUUGAUGCGCUGUGCACCUUGAUGCGCUGUGCACCUUGAUGCGCUGUGCACCUUGAUGCGCUGUGCACAUUGAUGCGCUGUGCACAUUGAUGCGCUGUGCACAUUGGUGCGCUGUGCACAUUGAUACAUUGAAUUGUUUUUUAUUUCAGUUCCUCGGUGGAAAUAGUAGAUUUUCAUGGCAACAAGUUCUAGCCUUUUUUGUGUUAAUCAUGUCUUCUUCAGUAUUUAUUACUGUUUAAAAAGCAAUAAAUUCAAUUAAAAUCUGUGAUUCUUUGACAAAAACAAACUGAAAUAAGAUUGGCAGUUUUAUACAAAGAAAGGGCAAGAUGAUGUCAAAAUCCAAUAUUUCAUUUCAUUCCAAGAAAACGCCUCAAAGUUGCCAAGGAACAUUAUAACCUACACAACGCAUCUGUUGUUUGUACCAGAGCGACCUACACAACGCAUCUGUACAGUUUGUACCAGAGCGACCUGCACAACGCAUCUGUACAGUUUGUACCAGAGCGACCUACACAACGCAUCUGUAGUUUGUACCAGAGCGACCUACACAACGCAUCUGUACAGUUUGUACCAGAGCGACCUACACAACGCAUCUGUACAGUUUGUACCAGAGCGACCUACACAACGCAUCUGUACAGUUUGUACCAGAGCGACCUGCACAACCCAUCUGUACAGUUUGUACCAGAGCGACCUGCACAACCCAUCUGUACAGUUUGUACCAGAGCACACAAAGGUUCAUUGGUUCCUACAUAAAGUAGUCGUUACUAGUAAAGUAAUCGUGGUGUUUUCUUCAUUGUGUGGGAACAAGUUGUUCUCUUUUGUUACCUGUAAUCAGUUUUAGUUGUGAUUUUGAUGUGUCAAACAUGCCAAAUAUUCCUGUAAACAUUAAGUAGUGUUAAUAAGAGUGUUCCUGUGCCUGAUUAGUAAGUAGUCCUGGUUUCUACAGCAAUGUUUCUGGAUCAAGUUGGGGAAUAAAUGUAUUGAGCACUUUCAGAGUUGCUAUAUAAGAACUUCAGUUCAUGUUUUCAUUAGAGGUUGUUUGAAAUGCUUGGUGUUAAUGGCGUCUUGGUGAUAUAAACAUUUCUUUCUAAUGAGGUCUACAUUCACUUGGUCGAUGUUGUUAUGAAUGUCUGGGCUCCAUGUGAUUUAAUCAUUGCUUUUCAAUGAUCUUCUGUAGGAAAAAGUGAUUAUGUAAGGAAUAUGAAACCAUAUUACUGGCGAGUUUCAGCAAAUCAAAAGUAGCUCGCAUAUGUGGAAAUCAUUAUAACAUGGUAGCAAUUUUCAGCUUCACCGUAAGUCUGUACAACUGGUGACUUGCUUAUCUAUAGAGUGGACUGUAAAUCCACCGAUCACUAGCUUACUCUUGCACUGUGCAAGCAACUGCUAUCUGGGAGCUUAUCUAUAGAGUGGACUGUAAAUCCACCGAUCACUGGCUUACUCUUGCACUGUGCAAGCAACUGCUAUCUGGGAGCUUAUUUAUAGAGUGGACUGUAAAUCCACCGAUCACUGGCUUACUCUUGCACUGUGCAAGCAACUGCUAUCUGGGAGUGGGUCAAUCGUCUUUCAACGAGAAAAUAAAAUUCUAUAUUUUUCUCAAGA